AUGUCAGAACAAUUCUCUAACCAAGUGGACCAAUGCUCCAUGCUGCUGCCCGCAGCAGAGCGUCUAACAAAUCUCCUAGUCGGUGAAUUCGAAUCAGAAACACACGCUCUUUCGGAGCUUGAUGGCUUAAAAGCACGACUAGCCGACGUGGCCCGCCAAAUUUGGGCGAAUCUUGGAGACCCAGCCAUUCAGAUACGAGCAAACAUAGACUCUCAUUCUGGCUUGGAGGAUGGUUGUCAAGCCAGUCUGAGCCAAACAGUCGCUUCGGAUUCUGUAGCUCCCGUUGCGUCUGCAGUUUUGGUAUCAAAGUCGAAGGCAGAUGAACUACAUCAGUUACCUGUAUCUAAAGCUGUAGAGCUGCCAUUAUUAAAUGGAGCCAGCCUGAGCAUACCAUGCCGUCUAGAUGAGCAGAUUGUCGGCUUGCAGCGGCUACAGCGAGAUCUAGCCAACGAAGCCAGUACUGCAGUCGCCGAAAUAUCUAGGUAUCUGCACUCGAGUCAGACGAGACCCAUCAGCAAGCGCUUCCAGGCAAGCAUUUAUCUGCAUCAUUUGUUAAAAUUGUAUAUCUCUUAUAUACAAUGGAUGUAG